CUAACACACACGAACUUGACAGGUAUGACAUCAUCUAGGAGUGUUGGAGCUAUAUCAGUUGCAUUCUCAAUUGGUAUCUUGGGAUCAUUCAUUCAGCGCUUGGCACCAUCAUUCGUUUUCUCAUUGCUGCCUUAUCACUCUGUCUCUUGUUGA